AGAAAUAAUAAAAAAAAAACACACAUAAUGUGUGAGAAUGAGAAGAGAAGAAAACGGUUAAGAAAGAAAGGAAGAUAAAGAGAGAGAAUGUGUGUGGCCUCUCUGUAGACAGACACAUGAAAACCAACUCAAUUUUCUGGUUUCUCUUCUGUAAAUUAUAUUCCCUCCUUCUCUUCUCUUUCCAAUAAUUUCUCACUAAUUCUCCUCAUUUUUCUUAUCAACAAUGCCACAACAACUCUAAUUCACCAAAAAUAUCACCAUUUUUUGCUUCUUGUUACUCUCAAUUUUCACUAUGGCUUCAAAAUCUAACACUACUAGAUCAAAACUAUCUGAGAAUUCAAACAAAGCAUCGCUGGCAACGCCAAGAGUUAGUAAAGUUAGCAAAGUAGUGUCUAAAUCAGAAUCUGAUUCGCCGUCUCCUUUGCAAAGUUCGCGUCUUCCUGUUGAGAGAUCACCACGAUCUGUGAAUUCAAAGCCUGCGGUUGAACGGAAAUCAGCAAAAGCUACUUCCACCCCACCUGAUAAACAAGCCCCAAGAGUUGCAAAGGGUUCAGAAUUGCAGAACCAGUUGAAUGUAGCUCAAGAAGAUCUAAAGAAAGCAAAGGAGCAGAUCCUUCAGGCUGAGAAGGAGAAUUUAAAAGCUAUUGAUGAGUUGAAAGAAGCACAUAGAGUGGCCGAGGAAGCAAAUGAGAAGCUCAAGGAAGCAUUAGCGGCUCAAAAGCAGGCUAAGGAGGAAUCUGAGAUUGAAAAAUUCCGAUCUGUUGAAUUGGAACAGGCUGGAAUUGAAACUGUGAAGAAGAAGGAAGAAGAAUGGAAGAACAAGCUUGAAAGUGUGAGGAACCAGCAUGCCUUGGAUGUGGCUGCUCUUGCAUCCACAAACGAGGAGCUUCAGCGGGUUAAACAUGAACUCACCAUGACUUGUGAUGCUAAGAACGAGGCAUUGAAUCAAGCUGAUGAUGCAGCUAAAAUUGCCGAGGUUCAUGCCGAGAAAGCAGAAACUUAUGCAGCUGAAUUGACGCAAUUGAAGGCCUUACUAGAUUCAAAAGAAGAAACAAAAGCUAGUGAUAAUAACCUUAUAUUGAAGUUGAAAGCAGAGAUAGAAGCUCUCAAACAAGAACUCAAUAAGGGAAUGAGUUAUGAUGAGAAGUUGACAGAGAAAGAAACUCAGAUUGAACAGCUUAAUGUAGAACUUGAAACCUCAAGGAUGGCUGAAUCUUAUGCUCAUAGUCUGCUAGAAGAAUGGAAGAAGAAGGUUGAGGAACUAGAAAUGAAGGCUGAAGAGUCAAACAGAUUGGAGCGAUCUGCAUCAGAAUCUUUGGAAUCUGUAAUGAAACAGCUAGAAGAAACCAAUGAUUUGUUGCAUGAUUCAGAAUCUGUAGUUUCUUCUCUUAAAGAGAAGGUGGGAUUGUUAGAAAUGACAAUUGGGAGACAAAAAACCGAUGUUGAGGAUUCAGAACGUUGCCUUCUUACAGUUCAGGAAGAAAAUCUUGAUCUUUCAAAGAAGGUUGAGUCUCUCAAAUCUGAACUUGAGACAGUGACGGAAGAGAAAGAUCAGGCUUUGAACAAUGAACACCUUGCAGCCUCUAGUGUGCAGACUCUUCUAGAAGAGAAAAACAAACUUAUCAAUGAAUUGGAGAAUUCUAGGGAAGAAGAAGAAAAAAGCAAAAAGGCAAUGGAAAGCUUAGCUUCUGCAUUACAUGAAGUAUCUGCAGAAUCUAGAGAAGCCAAAGAGAAUUUUCUAAUCAACCAAGCUGAAAGGGAAAGCUAUGAGACCCAGAUUGAAGAUUUGAAGUUAGUCUUAAAAGGUACUAAUGAAAAAUACGAGUCCAUGCUUGAUGAAGCACGGCAUGAAAUUGAUGUUCUUAUAUACAGUAUUGAAAACUCUAAGAAUGUCUUUGAGAACUCGAAGGCUGAGUGGGAGCAGAGAGAGCUUCAUCUAGUCAGCAGUCUGAAGAAAACCGAAGAAGAGAGCGCGGCUGCAGAAAAAGAAAUAAAUAGAUUGGUUAAUUUACUUAAACAAACCGAGGAAGAAGCUAAUGCCAACAGGGAGGAAGAAUCUCAGUUGAAGGAAAAUCUGAAGGAGGUUGAGACCGAGACGAUCCACCUGCAGGAAGCUCUUAAGGAAGUAACGGCUCAGAACAUGAAAUUGAAGGAGAGUUUAUUGGAUAAAGAAAAUGAAAUGCAGAAUGUUUUUCAAGAAAACGAUGAACUCCGAGCUAGGGAAGCCGAAUCUAAUAAGAAGGCGGAGGAGUUGUCUAAGUUGUUGGAAGAAGCUACAGCCAGAAACCAUGCUGACCAUGAAAAUGGUGAUCUUUCAGACAGUGAGAAGGACUAUGAUUUGCUUCCGAAAGUAGUAGAAUUUUCUGAAGAGAAUGGUCAUGGAUAUGGAGGAGAGGAAAUUCCAAAGGUUGAGUUUUCCUUCGACCAGGAAGGACUCAAACAUAGCUUACAAGAAGAAAAUACGAUCUUGAAUGACAAAGCUGAUGAGAAAAUCGAAUCUCCGAAACCUGUCAAUGUGAAUGGAAAACCAAAGGAAGAUGAGAGCAAAGAAAAGGAUGAUCCAGAAAAAGUAGAAUUCAAAAUGUGGGAGAGCUGCACAAUAGAGAAAAAAGAGUUCUCAUUCUCCCCAGAGAGAGAACUUUCACUUCCAGAGGCUGAAUCAUUUGAAGAGGAAACUGAGUCAAAGAUAGAAGAAGGUGAUGGUGAGAGCUUUGAUAAGAUAAAUGGAACAACUGUGAUAGAGAACAUUGAUAAUGGUGGAAGCUCACCAUUGAAAGAACAAGAACAACAACAAUUGAAGAAGAAAAAGAAACCUUUGCUUGGAAAAUUUGGAAGCUUGCUGAAGAAAAAAAGUGGUAGCAACCAGAAAUAGAAAAAACAUUAAAAAUUGUGUGCAUAUUGAUUGAACAACAUUCAUUUAUUUGCACUUGUUUGCUUUAUGAUUUUGCUUCUCUAUAUAAAUAUAGAUUUUUUUUAAGAAAUGGGUUUGUAAUAUUAUUGUUUAGGAUUUUUGGCUUUGGUUGUGGUUCUCAAUAUCAUGUUGGUAGCAAAGUGUAUGUGAUGAUUAUGCAAAUCCAACUAUUUUUUUUUCCAA